CUUCCAUAAGAAUAUUUCUUGGUUUUUUCCUUUGUCAUUCCAUUGUCAAAGGAAUUUUCCAAGAAAUUUCUUUUAAAUCCACCACAUAUUUUUUAUUAUUAAACCAACUAAUCAUUUAAUCGUUUACUUUAAUAAUUUUUGUCAAACCUUAUAAUUUUUGUCAAACUUUAUUACGAUGACGAGUAAUCUUCCUAUUGAUCGUAUAAUUUUAAAUGUCGGUGGUGUUAAGUAUGAGACGCAUCGUGAUACUCUCUUAUCACGACCGGAAUCUUUUCUUGGUACGAUGUUGAAAGAUGAGAAUUUAUCAAUGUUAAAAUUGGAAAAUGGAAAUGAGUUGUUCCUUGAUAGAAAUGGACGUGCUUUUCAUUAUAUUCUAGAAUUUUAUCGUACAGGAAAAUUCCUUUGGCGCGAUUAUGCACAUUAUGAACAAACUCCAGAAGAUAUAUCAAGGGGUUGUUGUGCAAGUAUGAUUACUAAAGAAGAAAUUGAAUCGGAAAUCGAUUUUUUUCAAUUAAAAAUUGAAUUACCAUCACCUCCGAUUAUCGAAAAACCUGAUCCAUACGUUGAAAUGUUGAACAAAUUUAUCGGAAUUAUGGAAUCUUUUAUUUCAACUGCAAAAGGAAUUUAUAUUCAUAAGAUUAGUAUAACAUUUCCUUGUCAUGAUAGAGAAAGUUUUUUCCUUCAACCAAAAAUUAAGAUGUUAGAAGAAAUUAUACUACCUUUUUCUGAUUGUGGAUUUUAUAUAUUACAAAAAUAUGGUAAAAAGAUUGGAAUUUACCUAGAAGAAAAUGAUAAUAAGUUAAAAUGGGAAUGUGAUGUCGAUGCCGCAGGUUGGCUUGAAGCAAAAUGUAUUAUUAAAAUUGAAAUUGAAGAAUUUAAUGAAUCUUCCGAAUCUUUUAUUGUUGAUAAUUCGGUUCUUGGAAAUUCCAAAAAAUUGAAAGAAAUAACUCAGUAAACUCUGUAAACUCUGUAAACUCUGUAAGAAUUUUUUUUUUUUGUAUGAUUUAAAAAAACAUUUUUUUUUUUU